AUGUCUGCCGAUUUGGGAGCUGAGGCUGAAUUGGCCCAUGCUUACGACCCCGUGUGCAACCUCAUGAGAUCGAAGCCAAUUCUGGUGAAAGACGAUCGUAGAUCACCACCACAGCCUUGGAAGCUGUUCUUCUCCACACCCUACACUGCUCCUCUUCUUAUCCCGAACAGCUCCUCCGAUGUUCGUGACCAUUUGGCCAAUGAGCGAACCUUCCUUUCUUGGCUGCGGCUGGGCAUAUAUCUCGCCGUUGUCUCGAUUGCCAUCCUUAUCAAUUUCCAUCUCAAGCAUGAACCGUCGACACUGGAAAAGAAAAUCUCGAUGCCUCUGGGUAUAAUCUUUUGGUUUCUGGCCUUGACCUCCUUGGUCAGUGGAUUCGCCAACUACGUCAGGACAGUGGCCAAGUACGCUCGGAGAGACGCCCUGGUGCAGACUGGUAUCAAGACCCAGGUCAUUUUCGGCGUUGUUUCAGGUGCCAUCGUCGCCACCUGUCUCUUGUUCUUGGGUAUCGAGGCGGCUAGAAGGGUAGAAAGAUGA